CGGUGCCUGCGUUUCUCUUGACUGUGCGCAUGCGCAGUGCUGCCAGUCUGACCUUCAUCGGAGCGAACAUGUUGGCCAGGACCAGCGCCUUGGUGUUCUCCCCACAAUGUGGGCAGAUCAGGAACAUGGCCACCUUGAAGGACAUCACCAUCCGGCUGAAGUCCAUCAAGAACAUCCAGAAGAUCACCAAGUCAAUGAAAAUGGUGGCUGCCGCCAAGUACGCUCGGGCUGAGAGGCAGCUGAAGCCCUCCCGGGUCUACGGCACCGGAGCCCUCUCUCUCUACGAGAAGGCCGAGAUCAAGGCGCCCGAGGACAAGGCGGCCAAGCACCUGAUCAUCGGCGUGUCGUCGGACCGUGGGCUGUGCGGUGCCAUCCACUCAGGCGUGGCCAAGACCAUCAAGAAUGAGAUAGCCAACCUGACGGGCAGCGGCAAGGAGGUGAUGGUGGUCAACGUGGGCGACAAACUUCGAGGUCUGCUGCAAAGGACUCACGCCAAGCACAUCGUGCUCAACUGCAAGGAGGUGGGCCGCAAGCCCCCCACUUUUGGCGACGCCUCCGUCAUCGCCGGCGAGCUGCUCAACGCCGGCUACGAGUUUGACCAAGGAGCCGUUGUCUACAAUCGCUUCAGGUCUGUCAUUUCCUACAAGACGGACCAAAAGCCGCUUUUCUCCAACGACGUGGUCGCAAACGCAGAGACCAUGGGCGUGUACGACGAUAUCGACGCCGAUGUGCUGAGGAGCUACCAGGAGUUUGCCAUGGUCAACAUCAUCUACCUGGCGAUGCGGGAGUCAUCCACCAGCGAACAGAGCGCCAGAAUGACCGCCAUGGACAGCGCCAGCAAGAACGCUUCCGAGAUGAUCGACAAGCUCACCCUGACCUUCAACCGCACCCGACAGGCCGUCAUCACCAAGGAGCUUAUCGAGAUCAUCUCCGGAGCCGCCGCGCUGUAAGCGACGAGGUGAACCCCGACGGACGUUUCCGAGCGAAGCCGACGUGUCUGGCCACGUUUAUGCUUGUGUUUGUAAAAUAUACGCAGAGAAUAAAGACCUUAAACCAUC